AUGUCACCGCGCUGGAACACUAGUGAGAGGACUUAUCUCCUCAAUCUAAUGGAUGAAUUUUUCGUUAAUGGAGAAGUUCGUGAUCCGAGUGUGGUAGAUUGGCCUCGGGUCAUUCGUACCAUGACAAUCGAGCAGGCACGACAUCGCCCAGAUGGUGCUCUGUAUGAGCAAGACCCAUGGCCUAUUAGAACAUACAACAUUGAAUUGCUCAUUUCAGCGUGGCGUCACGCCAGAAUUAGGCGUGAAAAAGCAGCUCGCAAAAUUUCCGAUCAAAUCAUGCAGGAGAACGACCCUGAAGGAGGUGAGAAUGAGCUCAGUGACGAUUUCCUGGACUCACCGCCAGACAAUGACUUUGAAGCCAGAUUUCCCGAUAACUGGGCGAGAGAGUUUGAAGAGAUUCUAGCACCGUUGAGACACGACGCUAUUCUUAAAGAGCCCGCCGACCGUCCUUCAAUGAUUGAGGCUUCUAGAGAAGUAUUGGCAAGAAUGGGCGCAGAACGAAACCUCCAAGCAGAUUUCUGGGCCGACUUUGAGAAACGUUUCGGCAGUCAAUAA